AUGAUUGUGACUCUGUAUGAAAAAAAUGGAGCACAAAUUGAUCUGGACAUAGCCGUCACCAUUUCCGUGAUCGGAUCGUACUACUUCAAUUUUUCCUACCUUUCAAACAUCAAAGAAAUAGCCGACAUAUUUAAGGAUCUCGCCAACUUUAAAACCUUUGAAAUGCCAUCUGGGUACAAACACUUUCUUAAGAAAUGGAACGAGCUCUCGACUUUUCACUUCAUCUAUUACGUAAUUUUGUGUUCGUUUUGUUUGGUAGUGGCUUUGCUGGAAUCUAGGAGAUGCCUCGCUAAAAACGCUUUGAAAGGCACCCACGAAAUCUGCGGGCUAGCCCUGAACCUUUGGUUGCCGUUCGAUAUCGACUAUUUUCCUCUGAAGCAGAUAAUUUGUUGUUAUCAAAUCUAUUCGGUGUUCUUUUCCUACGUGCUUUCGUCCACCGUCUCCUUCUCCAUCAUGGAAUCCAUGGAGCAUGUGAUUUUUCGUUUGGAUUACGUAAAACAACUCUUCGUUGAGGCUUUAAGACAAGAGGAACAAGUUAUAAGGAAACAUAUUUUCAAGCAUUCCGUUCAGUACCACAAUUUCGUUAUCAGUGUGGCUCAUAUGAUUGUGACUCUGUAUGAAAAAAAUGGAGCACAAAUUGAUCUGGACAUAGCCGUCACCAUUUCCGUGAUCGGAUCGUACUACUUCAAUUUUUCCUACCUUUCAAACAUCAAAGAAAUAGCCGACAUAUUUAAGGAUCUCGCCAACUUUAAAACCUUUGAAAUGCCAUCUGGGUACAAACACUUUCUUAAGAAAUGGAACGAGCUCUCGACUUUUCACUUCAUCUAUUACGUAAUUUUGUGUUCGUUUUGUUUGGUAGUGGCUUUGCUGGAAUCUAGGAGAUGCCUCGCUAAAAACGCUUUGAAAGGCACCCACGAAAUCUGCGGGCUAGCCCUGAACCUUUGGUUGCCGUUCGAUAUCGACUAUUUUCCUCUGAAGCAGAUAAUUUGUUGUUAUCAAAUCUAUUCGGUGUUCUUUUCCUACGUGCUUUCGUCCACCGUCUCCUUCUCCAUCAUGGAAUCCAUGGAGCAUGUGAUUUUUCGUUUGGAUUACGUAAAACAACUCUUCGUUGAGGCUUUAAGACAAGAGGAACAAGUUAUAAGGAAACAUAUUUUCAAGCAUUCCGUUCAGUACCACAAUUUCGUUAUCAGGUAUCAGGCAGUUGUAUCGCAACAGUAUACAGGGCGUUUACAAACUUCGAGGGGAUAG